AUGUUGCGAUCAGCAUGUCGGAGAGCUGGGCCGUCCGUCGCGGGAAGAUUAAGCGUCUCAAUAGCAGGGCCCUCGGCGCGGCCUAGCGCGCGAGUCACGGAUGCCUCGGGGUCCUCACAGCCAUCCUCCUUGCACCUUCGCCGUCUUCCCAUUGCAAGGAUAUCGGCACAGGAUCGCAGCAUCACUACCUCAAUACCAAGGACAAGCGCAUCGUCCAGCUCCGGCUCUGCCCCCAAGCCGAGUGCGCGAGACUUCUCCAAGUUCGACCGGCUGGAGACACGAACGUUCUCCAUCAUCAGCCACGUGGAUCACGGCAAGUCGACGCUGGCGGAUCGACUGCUCGAGCUGACCGGCACCAUCCCGCAGGACGGCUCGAACCAGCAAGUGCUUGACAAGCUCAAGGUCGAACGAGAGAGGGGCAUCACGGUCAAGUCGCAAGCGGUCACCAUGGUGUACGACUACGACGGGCCACGCCCAGACUUUAUCUCGGCCUUCGGCGAUGGCUUUGCACCCAAGCCAGGACGCUACUUGCUCAACCUCAUCGACUGUCCGGGCCACGUCGACUUUUCGUACGAGGUGAGCCGCUCGCUCUCGGCGUGCCAGAGCGCUCUGCUCGUCGUCGACGCAACACAAGGCGUACAGGCCCAGUCAAUCACCGUGUUCGAGCUCGCCAAGCAGAAAGACCUCGCCAUCGUACCCGUUCUCAACAAGAGCGACCUGCCCGCUGCGGAUGCAGAUCGCUGUGCGCUACAGAUGGAGGAGAUUCUCGGCAUCGACACCACGCUGCCGGGUCAGGAGCCGCUGCUCAUCUCGGCCAAGACCGGUCAAGGUGUAGACAGCGUCCUGCGUGCGCUGGUGGAGCGGACCAAACCACCACCCGGUGUGGAGGACGGCAAGCUUGAGGGCAGGGAAGGACCGGGUUUCCGCGCGCUGGUGUUCGACAGUUGGUACGACCAGUACAAGGGCGUGGUCUCGCUCGUUUCCAUCGCCGACGGCGCAGUGAAGAAGGGCGACCGCAUCACCUCGUGCCAUACGGGUAAGCGGUACGAAGUGCUCAGUCUCGGCGUCAACUCGCCCGAGAUGAUCGCCACGGAUGUGCUGCGCAAGGGCCAGGUGGGCUGGAUCAUCGCCAACAUGAAGGACAUGAGCGAGGCGCAGAUCGGAGACACCUUCCACCUCUCGUCCGAAAAGGUGGAGCCGUUGGAAGGAUUCGCGCCCACAGUGCCCAUGGUCUACGCCGGCAUCUUCCCCAUCGAAACGACCGACUUUCUCAAGCUCGAAGAGGCGAUCCAGCGACUGGCGCUCAACGACCGUUCGGUCACCGUGCAGCGCGAGUCGUCCAUGGCGCUCGGCCAGGGCUGCCGUCUGGGCUUCCUGGGUCUGCUCCACCUCGAUGUCUUCCGACAGAGGCUCGAAGACGAAUAUGGCCAUGCGAUCCUUGUGACCGCGCCGUCGGUGCCGUACAAGGUUACGUGGCGCGACGGGCGCGAAGAGAUCGUGUCGAAUCCAAUCCACUUUCCCGACGACUCGGAGCGCAAGGGCAAAGUGACGCUGCUCGAGGAGCCGAUGGUGCGCGGCGUGGUGCGGUGUCCCGAGGAGUACACGGGCGAGAUCAUGCAGCUGUGCGCCGAGCACCGCGGCGAACAACUCGACGUCUCGUUCCCACCCACCGCCUCUGCGAUCCGCUCGGUGCAAAUGACGUACCGACUGCCGCUAUCCGAGAUCGUGACGGAUUUCUUCGACAAGCUCAAGUCGUGCUCAUCCGGUUUUGCGUCGUUCGAGUACUCCGAGGAUGGCUACCAGGCAAGCGACCUUGUGAAGCUCAACUUUCUCAUUUCAAACACGGUGCUCGACUCGCUCUCGAUCAUCAUGCACCGAUCCAAAGUGCUGUACAACGCACGCGCGUGGACUAAGAAGCUCAAGGACAUCAUCCCGCGUCAGCAGUUUGAGGUCUCCAUCCAGGCCACCACGGGCAGCAAGGUGAUUGCUAGGGAGACGCUCUCGGCGUACCGCAAGGACGUCACCGCCGGCCUGUACGGCGGACACUACGAACGCAAGCUCAAGCAUCUCAACAAGCAGAAGGAGGGCAAGAAACGCCUCAAGGCGCUCGGCGUUGGCAGGGUGCAAAUCCCCACAGAAAAGUUCCUAGAGGUGUUGGAUACCCGGUCCAAAGCAAACAAAGCGGCGGCAGAACCGUUGGCCUGCCGUGCCGCGGUCCAGACGCCCAACUCCGAUCAACUUGACAUGCUCGCCCGGCCGUGCUGCACCCUGCACCCUGCAACCCUGCUCCUCCACCCUGCAACCCUGCUCCUCGGGUUCAAUUUGACCGACACCGGUGCAAGACCCAACCAAAGCACGCCGCCGCUCGAUACGGCGCUUGCCCGGCGUACUCCUCCCGCGCUUCCUGAGAUUCCACGUCGAGACUUCGAGCAGCGAUGCCGGAUCAUUCCGGGUGUGCGUAUCCCUUUGCGCUUCGAAACAUGGUUUGCGAGAAACGCCGAUCUCGCCGAACCACUCACCGCCAUACAGCACCUAGCAGUGCAAAGUGUUGUUGAUGCAGAUGCAGAUGCAAUGCGGAGUACUGCGCUGCAUAUGCGUUUGCACGGAGACAGCCUUCUCGAAUGCAUGUCCAUCAGCCUGGGCCAAACAGCCGUUUGUGGACGCGUCGAGCUCUUGCGUCUCGGCAGCGACGGUUCUAUGAAUGCACGGAUGUCUCCGCAGAUCCAAACUCGUGGCGCUUUCUGCUCGGUGAAUUUGAGCGACUGGACAGCUCCGCUCAAGUUUCCUGCGGCUCACAUCCUCGCCGCUCCAACCAACGGUAUCCCAACGGAAUCUGGCCUCCGCGACCACAAGCAGAUGUACACAAGUGUCGACGCAAUUGCAGGGCGAUUCCACAGGAUCUUUCUGUUUCUGGGGUCCUCUUCGACCCCGCACAAGAUGAGUGUUGAGUGCUUGCGCAUGGCCGAGGGCGAACAGAUGCAGCCCCGCUUCGCAUCUCCGACCGCAUGGUCUGCACUGUCUCCUUCAAGCAGCGGUGCCAUGCACGAGAGCAAAGCCACUCGGUUUUCGCCGGUAGCCACCCCCCACAAUGCUCGCUACUCAACAAAUCCUUCAUCGAUCCUGCUCUCGACCAGUCAGGAGCCAGCUGCGGGGGGUCGCAAAGGGGGGCCCCGUCUUUUGCAAACCUUUUCUCCCCGCCAUGCUCCCGCACCACUUCAGCUAAAGACAUAUAAGAUCUGGUCGUUCGCGACUCGGCCGCGACCGUCCACCAAUCCUCUCCCCCGUCCAUUCGCCCAGCGCUUGUUCGCAAACAUGUACGUGCCGUCCAAGUUCGCGCACCUGGCCGAGACGCCCAAGUCGGCGCUCAACUGGCGUCUUGCCUUUGCCGUGAUCGGCAUGGGUCUUCUCGGAGCCUCGCGUGGUAUCGACGAAGGCCUGAUCGGCGGCAUGAUCUCGCAAAAGACGUUCGAAAAGGACUUCAACAUCCCGGCCAAGUCCAACAAGGAGUCCAACGUCACCGCCAUGGUCCAGCUCUUUUCGGUGCUCGGCGCGAUCAUCGGAUACCCCAUCGCCGAGCGUCUCGGUCGUGUCCGCGGCGCACAGAUCGCCUGCAUGCUCGUUCUGCUCGGCAGCGCUCUCUGGAUCAGCAGCAAGGGCAACUACGCCAUGCUUUUGGCCGCUCGUGCCAUCGCAGGAACCGGUGUCGGCCUUACUCCGGUCGUCGCCCCGGUCUUCUUGGUGGAAACCGCGCCUAGACAGAUCCGUGGUCUCUGCACAUCGGUUUACUCGUUCAACGUCUACCUGGGUUUGCUCUUGGGCUACUGCACAAAUCUGGGAGUCAAGUCACAUAUCAACGCCAAGACCGACGCCAUUUGGAGGGUGCCGCUGUCACUCAACUUUGCUCUGCACGGCGUCGUGCUCGUAUGCUUGCUGUUCCUCAAGGAAUCGCCCCGUUGGCUGAUGAAGCGCGGUCGUGUCGAGGAGGCGUCGCAGUCGCUUGGCUGGUACCGUGGAAUGGAGCCUCGCGACCAGGCGUUUGUCGAGGAGUACGAGCUCAUUGCAGACUCUGUAAGGCAGGAGCAGGAGGCCACCGAGGGCCUUGGCUUUAUGGGCAAGGUGCGCGAGCUCUUCUGCACCAAGAACAACCAGUUCAAGCUCGUACUUUGCGUGCUUAUCCAGAUUCUUGGCCAGUGGCAGGGUCCCGGUGCACUCUCGACCUACGCCAACCGUAUCCUUACCCUGAUCGGCGUGCACGACACCCGGGGCUACGUCAUGUCGGCUGGCUUCGGUGCGGUCAAGCUUGGAGCGGGUAUCCUUUCGUCGUUCUUCUUGAUCGAUCUGUUUGGACGUCGCCGUACGCUGUGGGUGUCGACUCUCUUCCAGGGUCUUGCGAUGCUGUACGUUGCCAUCUACCUUGGCGUCUUCAUCGACCACAAGCACGCGCCCAACAAGGCUGCCUCGGAGGCGGCCAUUGCGGGUAUCUUCAUCGCCGGUGCCUCGUGGUCGGCGGGUGGUAACCUUGCGCAGUACCUGAUUAACUCGGAGAUCUUCAGCCUCGACGUGCGAGCGUUGUCGGCGUCGUUCGUGAUGGCGCUGCACUUCCUCUUCCAGUACAGCACGACGCGUGCGCUGCAGCCCAUGCUCAACUCGAACCUCAAGGGUGCCGGUACCUUUGCGGUGUUCGCAGCCAUGUCGCUCGUAGUGGCGCUGCCCGUCUACCUCUUCUUCCUGCCAGAGACGUCGGGUAUGAGCCUCGAGAAGAUCGACGAGCUCUUCGAUCUGCCCUGGUACAAGAUCGGCCGCGCCAGCCGUCGACCGGUGCGCGACGAGGUGCCGUCGCACUCGAUGCCCGCCGCACUCGAGUCGCAGUGGCAGCAGACCGGCGUCAGCGCCGCCGCUGUCGACGACAAGGACAAGGACAAGGACGGCACCUACGCCGACUCCCAGCCUGCCUUUGGCGUGCGCGACGCCAAGUAG